AUGCUGCACGGUCGUGGCUUAGAGCUGUUUGGAGCUGAGAGCGCAGAGGAGCCACAGGAUGAGCUAGAGGAGGAGCCAGAGAAGGAUCCACAGGAGGAGCCAGAGGAGGAGCCAGAGAAAAGAGAGAAGCCAGGGGAGGUGCCACAGGAGGGGCCAGAGGAGGAGCCAGAGGAGAAGCCAGAGGAAAGAGAGGAGCCACAGGAGGAUCCAGAGGAGAGAGAGGACGAGCCAGAGGAAGAGCUAGAGGAGAAGCCAGAGGAAAGAGAGGAUACAGGGGAGGAGCCACAGGAGGAGCCAGAGGAGGAGCCAGAUAAGGAUCCAGAGGAGGAGCCAGAGGAGAAGCCAGAGAAAAGAGAUGAGCCAGAGAAGGAUCCACAGGAGGAGCCAGAGAAGGAGCCACUGGAGGAGCCAGAGGAGAAGCCAGAGAAAAGAGAGAAUACAGGGGAGGAGCCACAGGAGGAUCCAGAGGAGGAGCCAGAGGAGAGAGAGGAGGAGCCAGAGAAGAAGCCAGAGGAAAGAGAGGAGCCACAGGAGGAGCCACAGGAGGAGCCAGAGGAGAGAGACGAGCCAAGGGAGGAUCCACAGGAUGAGCCAGAAGAGAAGCCACAGGAGGAGCCAGAGGAGAGAGAGGAGCCAGGGGAGGAGCCACAAGAGGAGCCACAGUAUGAGCCAGAAGAGGAGCCACAGGAGGAGCCAGAGGAGAGAGAGAAGCCAGGGGAGGAGCCACAGGAUGAGCCAGAAGAGGAGCCACAGGAGGAGCCACAGGAGGGGCCAGAGGAGAGAGAGGAGGAGCCACAGGAGGAGCCAGAGGAGAGAGAGGAGCCACAGGAUGAGCCAGAAGAGGAGCCACAGGAGGAGCCAGAGGAGAGAGAGGAGGAGCCACAGGAGGAGCCAGAGGAGAGCAUGUGUCCAAGAAGGAAGUCUUCAACAGUAACAGGUUCAGACUGA